CACUUUUCCACCCCACGCGAAGGAGACAGGUUCCUGGUUUCACCAUGGGCCAAACUUCCAGCUACACCACAUUGCGCUUGCAAACCAUUUUGAACCACAGCCGCCUUGCACAUUUUCCCAUCUUUCUAUUCGGAGAGAAAAGGUUCUUAGCGAAGUACUCUUUGCAGAGUCUGAGGGAACAUGGCUCACGCCGCUGUCGGACGGCUUGCGGUGCCUUUGGCAUCGCCCGAGCUUCUGAGAGCAACAAGCAACAGGUCAGCAAGCACCAGCUGCUGUUCCGCAGCUUAUGCGCUUCCAUCUUCUUCCGGGGGGGCAGCCCUGAAACGAAACAGGGCAGGACUUAGCUUUUUGGGGCAGGGGGUUGUGCGGGGUUUUGAGGCGCAAGCUGGCGGAGUUAGAAUGGCUCUAGCAGUGCACCAUGAGGGGGACCCAUCUACUGUGAAUCCAACUGGUUUGCACGAGACCAUGCUCGACAAUGUUUCAGCAAGUGAGGUGUUUCAUGAUGAGGACAAGGGCAUCACGUGCUACGAGACUCCCCUGGGGGAGAUUGUGUGCGAGGGAAUCGACGACGGUCCGCAUUUUUCGUCCAAGGAGCUGCCUCAGGCCAAGAGGAUGGUUGGCGCACUUCACAGCGGGCUGGACCAGGUCAAGGCCCGCGCCAUGAAAGUGCGGAGGGCAUUGCGCGACAACGAGCCCCUCGAAGGCGCCAUGUGUGUGACAGACAGUGAGGGGCACGUCGAGUGUGACGGAUUGGACGAAAGCCACGUUUGCAUGUAGGAACAAAAAGGUUUAGCUGGGUGCUUUUGUGGGCAUGCACUGUGCGGGAGACAUGCAUGCCGGGACCUCCGAUUAUCCGAAACGAGGUUGCCCAAGGCUCGGGGCUAGAAAGGGCCAGGAAGAAUGUUUUCGAAGUCGCCAUUGUGAACCUGGCUGCAGGAGGCCUGAGUUCAAUUGUAUUUGAGGAUUAAGGGGAGGGUGUGGGCCCGGGGGGUAAUACACAAAUGGUGACGUGUUGUUUAGGUCAGAUCAAGGAGCUGCUUGUGUCCAGGGAUGAGCGCCGUAAACCGGGCGCCGUGGCUUUCAAGCUUUGAGGCAUGCCCACAGUGUGUGUGUUGUGUGAGCUGAAGUCACACCAAACAAGAUGACGGUUUCUCAGAGAGCCAUUGUGCAAACCCGUUUAUUAGCUGACGUGGACUACAAGAUUUUCAGCGGCCUGGAGGGGGGUGAGACCCAAGGCACAUGAACUAGAACAAGUUUGCCGAACGAUGGUGCUUCGGUUUUCCAUCAAAAUUAGUAGAACCUAGUAGUAACGCAGAUCCGGCACAGGGACAGUCAACAAGGUAAAGGUUGAGGUGACAAGGCAGCCGCCAUUAGGGGGCAUCUCGCAGUAGUAAUCUCCUAUGUUUGCGCUUUGCUUGCGUAGGAUUGGCCACCGACGUGACUCAUCACCUGUAAAAUCAGCGCUUCUUGUGUCGCAAACCUUUGGGCCUGCUAGCUGUUCGUUGAUCGUUGUCCGGAG